CACAGCAAGAAUGACAUGAAGACAUUCGGGCCGCUAAAAGAGUCUCUACAACCUCGUAUCUUUCUCAAGAACCUGUGUAGCUUAUUGUCCAGGGCAAAAAGCGCCUCUGUGAAUCCUAUCCGACCUUGCCAUCCCAUUAUAUUUGAAGCACGGUGGGUGCGGCCGCAUGGUCUAGAUAGACGGAUAGGAUGCCCUCAAACAUGGCAUAUGCCACGCAUGAUGUCAAUAGCAGCAAUGGCGAUACAUUGUCUGCCCCAAAAGCAUCACAGGCAUGCCUCUCUUGCAGGAGGCAGAAGCGUCGAUGUGAUAAAAAGAUGCCAGCUUGCUCCCUGUGCGAACGCAUGAAUAGGGCAUGCGACUAUUCUGAUGCAUCACCAGCACCGACGUCUGACGAUUUUAAUAUCCUACAGCAGCGGGUGCUUGAACUGGAAGGGCGGCUACUAGGUGCUGCUGCUGGGAAUGGUUCGGGUCAUGGACAAAGCUACCUGCACACACCUGCCAGUACCAUAUCGACGUUGAGCGCAGGUGUCCAACAGCCACCCACGCCCGCUUAUACCCCUAGCCCGUCAUAUCAGCAGGUGCACAAUAGGUUCCCCGCUAUUGCUUUCUUGGAGGCGGAGAGUUUCACCCGUGGGCGCAUAGAAGCUCCCAGUGCCCAAAUACCAUUAGAAGUCCUAGAACUCCUUGGCGAUGGUUCCGCUGUCCAGACUGUUAUCAGGGACUACUUUGAUACAGUGCAUACUUGGAUGCCAAUUAUAUCCAAAAAGCGCUUCGCAAGAAAUAUGCUCAACCCUAUGUGGGAAGCUGGACCAGAUUUAGCCCUUCUUUUCCUUUGUAUGAAAUUGAUAGCUCCACGUCCCCAGGAUGACCCGGAAAAUAUAUAUAACCCUAUAUAUGCCGCCGCCAAACGGUUCAUAUCUUCCUUGGAGGCCAGUGGGAUAGUAUCACUCGUGGUGCUCCAAGCAUAUAUUCUUGUGGCACUAUAUGAGUUGGGACACUCUAUAUACCCAGCUGCGUGGAUGACCGUCGGUUCCUGUGCUAGAUAUGGCCAGGUUCUUGGCGUCCACGACUCUGAGCGAGCUCCCCAACUUCUAUCUCUCGUGUCCUCGUGGACAGAGCUGGAAGAGAGGAGGCGCUCUUGGUGGGGUGUCAUUAUUCUCGACAGGGUGAUUUCCAUUGGAAGCAAAGGGCGGGUUUUGGCUUGCGAAGAUCCUCGCGAUAUAGCAGCAUUACCGGCGACAACCUCGGCUUGGGAUGAAGGGCAAAUUGCAUCUCAGAAUCCGCCGAGCGUAUCUUCACCUAUGUCCGACCCACUCUGUCCAUUUGCUCGCCUUUGCCAGGCAUCCCGACUACUAGGUAAGGUACUUCGCCAUCACAGCCAGCGGGAUAUGCAAGAGACGGAGCGCUUCCAACAGGCUUCAGAUCUCUACCUAGAGAUAUCUGACCUUGCACGCAUAUUGGUCCACCAAGCCGCCAUGUCACAAGAAUACCUAGGUUUUUCCACGCCUAUGUCCGUAUGCUUCAGUGCACUUUGCGCCUUAUGCGAUCCAUAUGCCUGCCAUGUCUCAGGAGAUAAACCUACCACUCCAGAAGAAGGCAAAAUGCAGACUCAAGCAGUCGAUGGGCUGAAAACGGUUUCAAGCAGCAUCAAGGAGUUUUUAGACCAUCUGGUUUCGCAAACAACAAAUCACCUCGACAUUGAACGGGUGAGCCCCUUUGUCAUGGAGACCUUGUACACCGCAGGUGCCAACUUUGCAUGGGAUGUGAGAGAAAGCGGCAAUAAAAGCUCCCAGGAGUCCCUGGACUCUAUCCGACAGAGCCUAGGGAGGUUUAGUGGAAAAUGGAAGUGCUCCCAGGCAUAUCUACGGAUACUAGAGGCCCAAGAGUUUACCUAUGUUGCUGUUGCAAGCGGAUGAGCUACAGGUGCCAGCUCAGGGGUGGCAAGAUGCUAUGCUAUGCCCAUAAACUGUUGUGUAUUGACAAUGGGUUGCUUCAUAACAAUAACCAGCGCCACUUAGAUGAGCAUUUGGCCAGGAAACGGGCCAUAUCCCAGCAAAAGUGUUGUAAAUAAUAAAACUGACGCAUGCAUGCAUACUUGCACCAAGUGUAUAGGAUAUAGGAACAUGCUGUCUAAAUCCGCACAUAAUGCAAGACAUUUGCAGAUACUGUUAUUUAAAUAAAAUACUACUAGAAG